AUGGAGAGCCUGCGGAGUAGCGUGAUCCACAACGACGCCAACGACCACAACGUCAUUGUGAGUGUAGACAGUGAAGAGCUACCCAUUGACCCUGCCACUCGCUUGUGUGCUGCCCCACAGAUUGUUGGGGUGAUUGACUUUGGUGACGUUCUCCUGACUAAGACUGUCUUCAAUCCGGCCAUCACCAUCGCCUACAGUAUCCUGGAAGCCGACGAGCCCGUGUCUGCGGGGGUCAGUCUGAUCCAGGGGUACACCGCCCAGUUUCCGCUGCAAGAUACCGAACUGUCACUACUGUUUCUGCUGACCAUGUGUCGGCUGGCGCAGUCGGUCGUGUACUCGACCAUUAAGAUGCUGGAUUACCCUGAUGACGAGUACAUUCCCAUUGCCCAGAGACCCGCGUGGAGGGUACUUGAGAGUCUGUGGGGCAGACGAGCAGAAGUCAGCGCAGCAUGGGUAGCCGCAGCAGUUAGACCUGACACUCCACAUCUGGAUAAACAAUAA